AUGUUUAAGCAGAAGCAUGAUUGGGCAAGUUAUCCGGUAGUAGCUGCAGGCCCUGAGGCCGAGGCCCCGGCGGCGAACGAGCCGGAGGCGGUGGCAGUCGCCCCGCGGAGCGGCCGGCCGGGGGACGUCCUGCGCUGGUUCACCACUGUGGUCCUGUGUGCCGCCUUCCUGGGGCUGGGAAUGAGUAUCGCCAUCCUAGGACCCACAUUUCCUGACUUGGCGGCCAACGUGAACAGCAACAUCAGCAGUCUCUCCCUGAUCUUCGUGGGCCGGGCUUUUGGCUACCUGAGUGGGUCUGUGGUUGGCGGGAUUCUUUUUGACUGCAUGAACCACUUUUUACUUUUGGGGGUGUCGUUAUUGGUUACCACAGUUGGCCUGUACCUUGUUCCUUUUUGCAAGAGAGCAGUUCUCCUGAUUGUCAUGAUGUCUGCCUUUGGGGCUUCAAUUGGUGUCCUGGAUACAGGUGGUAAUAUCCUUAUCUUGGCGCUCUGGGGUGACAAAGGAGCCCCGCACAUGCAGGCCUUACACUUCAGUUUUGCCCUGGGGGCAUUUCUGGCCCCCCUGCUGGCCAAGCUGGCACUUGGUUCCACCGCAUCUGCCGAAAACCACACGGCGGCCGACUUGAACAGCAGCCACCUCGCCUUCAACGGAUCCCCCGAAGCCGGCGCAGCACCUGUAUUCGGAGUCCCAGACAAUGUCAGCCUACUGUGGGCGUAUGCGCUCAUCGGGACUUACAUUUUUGUCAUCUCCACUUUGCUGUUUGCUCUGUUUUUCAAGAAAAGUUCAAGGCGCGAGAAGGCGCAGGCGUCUGCCCAGAGGUCCCGGCGAGCGGAGCACCACAAGGCCCUGCUGUGUCUCCUGUUUGUGUUCUUCUUCUUCUACGUGGGCGCCGAGGUGACCUACGGCUCCUACGUGUUCUCCUUCGCCACCACCCACGUCGGCAUGAGCGAGGGCGAGGCGGCCGGCCUGAACUCCAUCUUCUGGGGGACCUUCGCCGCCUGCCGGGGCAUGGCCAUCUUUUUCGCGGCGUGCUUGCAGCCUGCCACCCUGAUUGUGCUGAGCAACAUCGGCAGCCUGGCGGCGUCCCUGGUGCUGGUGCUUUUCGACAAGAACCCCUUGUGUCUCUGGGCGGCGACGUCCGUGUACGGGGCCUCCAUGGCCACCACCUUUCCCAGCGGCGUGUCCUGGAUCGAGCAGUACACGACCAUCGAUGGGAAGUCUGCGGCCUUCUUUGUGGUCGGGGCAGCCCUGGGAGAGAUGGCCAUUCCCGCAGUGAUCGGGAUCCUGCAGGGGAAAUACCCGAACCUACCUGUCGUGCUGUAUACGUCUCUGGGCUCAGCCAUAGCCACUGCUGUCCUGUUCCCCGUGAUGUAUAAGUUAGCCACCUGGCCUCUGCGGCGGCGGCGGCGACAAGAAAGCAGGAAGAGUGAGGACCAGAAAGCUCUGCUCCCCAGCUCGGGGCUCCGUGACUGCGAGGAAGAGAACGACGAGGAGGAUGCCGACCGAUGGAAUGAGAUGGACUUUGAAGUGAUCGACAUGAAUGACGUGAUGAGGAAUUCCAUAAUAGAGACCCCUAGAAGCCUUCUGCUGGGGCCCCCAGCUGGAGCCCCCAGCGUGUCACUCCCCAGGGCAUCCCUGUUGGAGUCCCCGCCCGUGGGGAGGGGCAACUCCCCUGUGAAGCAUCCUGCCAGAAACCAGGAAAAAAAGGACUGAGGUGGAGAGGAGUGGAUUGCUUACGGGUGUCCGUCCGUGAGCCAUUGUCGGUUCUAAAGUGGCAGUCAGUGCCGAGCAGCAGUGGGUUCCCCAUGUGCUGCGGGCCUCCAGACGGCUAGGCCAGCGGACAGUAAAUGCUGAACUGUUUUCAAGUGUUGUCAUUUCUAGGUUUCCCUAGGUGACCUCUUGCAGCCGGAUCUUGUCCUGAGGCUGGUGCUGGGCAGGUGGCCCACUUGGUCACAGGUCAGAGCACAGAAGGCAUUUGCUUCUUCGAACUUGGGUAUGGUUCUAAUAGAACAGAAUAGUCCAGGCAUGGAAUUGAUUAAUUGAAUGGAUCACUGGUCAUCAAGAUUCUUCCAUGAGAGUUGUGGGUGAUAAUUUUAGGCAAAAGGAACUUUGAAAGUGGGUAGUAGUGUUGUUGGUGGUGGUGGUAUCUUUAUUAAUUGCUGUGCCCUAAAGUCAUGGCCAUGGAGUGGAUUCUAACUGACCCAUAGGACAGGGUAGAACUGCCCCUCUGGCUCUCCGAGACUGUACUCUUUAUGAGUGCAGCAAAUCUUGCCAAUGGUGGUUUUGAACGGCUGAUCUUGCAGUUUGCAGCCCAGCCCACUCUGCUACGAGGGCUCCCCUUCUGUGUAGGGUUGGACCAAACCAUGGGGUAACCACUCACACGGUUCUGAUUCCCCCGUUCUCUGGCCAGCGAGACGAGAAACAGACGCAGAGCAGCGUGGAGAACAGGCAUGAACACCUGUGGCUUUCACGGACAUACUGUUGAAUGAUUUGUGGGAAUGAUUAUGUCAAGAAUACACGUUUCAAUACUAUCGUGGAUUCUGAUGUGUUUCUUUUUUCAUUGCUUGUGUCUCUGACACAGGGUCUUAACAGUCAGUGGUCUUGUAACUUCGUGAUCAAGUUAAUGGACAGUUUUUUUCCCAUCAAAGUGCUUAGCAUAAUGGUGUUUCAUAAUCAGUCUUAGCAUCUGUGAAAUAGUCAUUUACUCAAUUACAGAGAUUAUACUAUUUUUACAGACAGUUUUAUAUAAAAUAAAAGAUAUUUUUAUAUGCAAA